AUGCUGCCAGACCCGCCGCGAUCGAGGGGUUUCGAUCUGCUGGACUACUCGACCGACUUGUUGGGGUUCUCGGGGGCGCCGUCCGAUCGCGAGCACAGCAGCACCCUGUACCACCAAUACAGCAACGAGGCCUCCGCACCCCCACCCCAGGUCCUUCAGGGGUGGAAGAUGAACUGCGUGGCGCUAGACAAACGCUCCUGGCUCGAGGUUCGCGACAAGCAGCAUCGGUACGGCAAGAACUUGAGGCUUUACUUCAAGGAAUGGGAUAGAAGGGGUAAACCCGGGGGAUCUUUCUUCAAGUGGCUAAGCGCCGCCGAGGUUCAGCUCGAGGGCUGUCCCCGCCACGAGCUCGAGAGCGACGUGGUCCACUACUGCCGGCCGGAAGAGCGCCAUAACUACGCCUUGCGCCUAGACGUGACCCCGAAGGCUGAUCAACUUUUUUUUUUUUUUUUGACGGGGGCCACGUUACUCCUACCCAACGAGCGGUCGGCGGACGUGUAG